UCAGUCGCCAUUGUUCUUGUUCUCGGCUGUCGAAUUUGUGGAAAUUAUUGAAUUUCCCUUAAAUUCAUUACAAAUAAACAUAAUAGAAUUUAGAAAACAAACAAAUCUAUAGAGUGCGCGUGACUUGUGCUAAAAAGUGAAGCAUCAGCAAGCGACCAAUCAAAAAUCAAACCUCCAGUUCACGACCAGUCGAAGCGAAAUCGAAUAUUUGUUCGUGGCAAAAAUACAAAGUUAAACAAAAGCCAAAAGAAAAAUGUCAUCUAUGAAUCCAGAAUACGAUUAUCUUUUCAAACUGCUGUUGAUCGGCGACUCCGGUGUUGGAAAGUCUUGUCUUCUGCUGCGAUUUGCUGAUGACACAUAUACAGAGAGCUACAUUAGCACGAUUGGCGUGGAUUUUAAAAUUAGGACCAUAGAAUUGGAUGGAAAGACCAUCAAACUGCAGAUUUGGGAUACUGCUGGACAGGAGCGCUUCCGUACUAUAACCUCAUCAUACUAUCGUGGCGCGCAUGGCAUUAUUGUUGUUUACGAUUGUACGGACCAGGAAUCAUUUAACAAUGUGAAACAGUGGCUGGAGGAAAUCGAGCGAUAUGCAUGCGAAAAUGUGAAUAAGCUUCUAGUGGGCAACAAAAGCGAUUUGACUACCAAGAAAGUUGUUGAUCAUACCACAGCAGCGGAGUACGCAAAUCAGUUAGGCAUUCCAUUCCUUGAAACUUCGGCCAAGAGCGCCACCAAUGUGGAACAGGCAUUCAUGACGAUGGCGGCUGAGAUUAAGAAUCGUGUUGGGCCGCCGUCAAGCGCUACCGAUAAUGCUAGCAAAGUGAAAAUUGAUCAGGGACGUCCAGUGGAAAAUACCAAAUCCGGUUGCUGCUGAAUAACUCAGAUUGUGAAUCAAUAUUUUAUUAUAAAAUUAAACAAAAUUUAAAUAUAAUAAAUUAAAAGCAAAACACA